AUGCCUUUGCUGUCGAGGGAGGUCUUGACCCUCCGCUUUAUAUUCGAAUGUGAUGAAUAUGGAGAGGAAAACGCUGCCGCAUCCGAACAGUCACAAAAGCCGUCCCCUCUCCUCUGCCUACCUGUCGAGCUUCGCCUCGAAAUCCUCCGGCACCUGUUAUGCCUAGACUGCAAUCGUAAGGCCCAUACUCGCCGCCCGCCACAAAGCAGCAUAUCCGAGCUGUUGUAUCUGAAUCCGCGACGGAUUCUCGAGGCUGCGCCGUUCAAGCACAAGGGAAACCAAGAGAUAAAUGGGAACCCCCCCAUCAUCAAGAGCUGCCACCUACACCCGGCGAUACUCAAGACAUGUAAGCAACUUUACUGGGAAGGACGGACAGUGCUGUACACAGAUAACAAAGUCCUCGCGAUUCAGUCAGGGAUCAAAGGUCUAGGUGCGAAGUUGAAGAACUAUGGUGUUCCAGUACUUGGCCCAUUUCCUUCGACCAGACUGAUAUGCGGACCGCGGGAUGGGUCUCAGCCAGCUCACUUCAGAUUCAACCCUCUAAUGUUGUUCACUGGUGCGAAUACCAAGCCAGACGCUCCAUUCUACAUCAGCAGUCAUCUGGACGCCGCAGAUUUUAUGCAUGCUCUGUGGAUUAUGGUCAAAUCUCCUUUUGCACGGGGGAUGGGGCUGAACUUGACACUAUCGACAGAACUUCAUCCUCGUCACAUUGGUCGGACAGACAGUUUCGUCAAGCUCGCUGUCUUGCCGUGGCUGCACCCGAACAUCAAUUCUAUCAAGUUCCUCUAUCCUCACAAUGACAAGAAUCAAGCAGACGCAGGACAUCGACCAUUAGGAGGACGAGAAUUGCUUGCUUCCGGAACGACGUGUGAUCGCAGCUCCAUUCAAGACGAAUUCGACAAACACUUGCUAGCAAGCCAAAAGGAGCCCAACUUGCACAUAUACAGGGCGAUCUGUGACUAUCUUGAGCGGAUCUUGCUUCAAGGCGAGAUUUGCGUUGAUCAAGGAAACUUCAUUUCUGGAGAGCUCUCCUUCGAGCGAGUGUGCUACGAAGCUUGCAGCCUUGUCCGCACCAGAACCAGCGCACUCGUUGACGUUUCGUCCAGGAGCAAAGACGGCAUUAAUCGUAUUUGCAAGCUGAUUGCUGUAAGCGCGUUCAGACUUUGCGAGCUGCGAAGUGGUUCUCUGGCUCAACUUGUUCUGAAAAGACAGCAGAAACAGCAAGUGAGGGAGAAGGGAAAGGAGAAAGCAUCCCCUGACCCAGAAGUAUGCGACAGAUGUCGGAAUGUGGAGCUUUGCCGGGACGAGGUUGGCGAGCAUAGCGAAGAUUCCGCCUCAACCCUGAACGACGACAGUCCGUCAAUCGCGUCACGUUCUGACGUGCGAAGUAACAACCCUGAAUCUAGUCCUAGAGCUGUCCUGGAAAUGCCGCCUGGGCCAGCGCUCAAGGGUUUGCAAGCGGCGUCGGCUAAACCAGGUCCACCCAAAAGCCCAAACCUCCCCCGAACCACUCGAUUAGAGCCGCCGUUGGCCCGAGAUCUCGCUCUCACCAGCGGUCUUCUUGCUCUACGACUGCCGUGUGCGUCACCAGUGCCAGAGUGGAAUAUCCGUCUAGACACGAUGCUUCUACGACUGUUUGCGCUUCGGAAUGAUUUUUCCAAUGCGGUAUGGUGCAUCCGUCGCAUUCACAAUAACGGGACGGUCGUGAUCAACGGCAUCAAGCAGAAGAACAAGGCUGGGGAUAAGAAAUGGGAAUCGUUCACCGAAUUGAUGCACGAUCUGGCACAGCAGCUUAGACCAGGUGCCCCCAGAGACUGUUUCUUCGAAACAGCAGACAAGGUCGAGCAAGUGGUCGCGUUGCUCUGGGGGGAGCGAUUGAUUCCGAAGAAGGGGUUCAAUGGUUUGAUCUGGACAUUCAGGUGGGCUGGGUAA